AGAGGGAAGCUCGGCCUCAACAGUGGAGCCUUGGCCUCUGCUCAUCCAGGGAGAGCCCACUGCCAAAAAGGCCCGGUCAAACCCUCAGGUGUACAUGGACAUCAAGACUGGGAACAAGCCGGCCGGCCGCAUCCAGAUCCUCCUGCGCUCAGACGUCGUUCCCAUGACAACGGUUGAGCAGGCUCCAGUCGAAGCUGUGGCUGAGCCAGCCGAGGAGGAAGCUGCCUGGAAUCUGCACCCUGGGCACGAUUCCUACCCGAGUCCAAGCCUGCUGUCCAUGGCCAACUCCGGCCCAAACACCAACGGCUCCCAGUUCUUCCUGACGUGUGACAAGACGGACUGGCUGGACGGCAAGCACGUGGUGUUCGGGGAGGUCACGGACGGCCUGGACGUCCUGCGGCAGAUGGAGGCACAGGGCAGCAAGGACGGGAAGCCGAAGGAGAAGGUGAUCAUCUCCGACUGUGGGGAGUAUGUGUGAGAAGCGCUGUCUGCACAGCACUGCCGCCCGGAUCCGCGGCCCCGGGCCCAGCACUCGUUAGACGGGUGUUUGUGUGUGUGUGUGU